UCGAGCCUCUCAAGAAACUUUCUUUUGUUUUAAAUUACUCUUUAACUAGCGACUACCAAGUCCUUUUCUCCCCUAUCCCCCCAGGAUAUGUCAGAAAUGGUUUGGACGACUAGUGCUCCGUCUUCUACCUCCGUCCGGGAACUGUGACUAAAACUUCCGCGUUCUGUUGUCUUCCUUGGGACUCCCGUCCCUAAGAGGCGGUGGCGGGAGAGGAGAAGCUGAAAGCGGACUGACUGCCGGGCGAGAGCAACCGGAAGCGGUGUCCGGGGAGCCAAGGUGGCGUUGGCGGCGGCAACGGGAGCUGCGGUCCGGAGGCUGCCCCUGCCCGGACCAUGGCCCUGCCAGGUGGCAACAAGGACAAUAUCAGAGCUGGGUGUAAAAAAUGUGGCUAUCCUGGUCACCUGACUUUUGAAUGCCGUAAUUUUCUCCGAGUAGACCCCAAAAGAGACAUAGUUUUAGAUGUCAGCAGCACAAGUAGUGAAGACAGCGAGGAAGAGGCUGAGGAGCUCAAUAAAUUGCAGACUUUACCUGAGAAAAAUACAAAUGAGGAAGAAGAAAAGAAAAAACAAAAGAGAAAAAACAAAGAGAAAAUUAGAUUGAAAAAGAAAAGGAAAAGGUCUUAUUCAUCUAGUUCUACUGAAGAAGACACUUCAAAACAAAAGAAACAGAAAUCCCAGAAGAAGGAAAAGAAAAGGGAGAAAAAAAGCAAAACAAAAAAAGGGAAACAUCACAAAAAGGAGAAAAAAAAGCGAAAAAAGGAAAAACAUUCUUCAUCUUCUGAUAGUUCAGACUCCUCCAGUAGUAACUGAGACAUCUGCCCAUUCUUCUGCUAUUUUAUGUUUAAAAGAUUUGAACUUGCUUCAAUAAUUAUGCUUUGUAUUAAACUCACACCUUCCAGGCAAGCAUUCCUCCAUGAAUAAGACCAACACUCUUGACUACCCAGGUUGUGACUAUGAAGUAAUAAGGAUUAUCAUAAGGUUUAGGAGUCAGUCUUGUUAGAGACAUAUCUCAUUCAUUCUCCUUAUAAAAUUUUUCUUUGCUUAUUAGCCUUACUUUAGAAAUUUAUUGUAAAAUGCCAUCACAAUCAACAGAAAAAGAACUAUCUAUACAAAUAGUCUACCUGACUGUGAAUGCUAUUACCAAAUGUCUGUCCACCUUCCUAGGGAGCAAAUCUAGGAAGUGAAACAUUUCCUUGGGAAGCAAAUCCCUCCAGAUAUUCAACAUCUUCCCACAAACACUGCAAAAAUCAAGUAGCCUUAUGUUCUAUUAUGUAAGUAGUAGUAUACUGUUUUUACAGCACCAGGCUUUUUUAAUGUUAGACAGGAAUAACAUUGCCUUAUGGGUCUUUUUUUUUUCUUUAAAUAAAUGGAAUAUACAGAAAACUACUAAAUGCAGGAGCCUUGUUCUAAGUUUUACUCUUAUGUGAAACCAUGUUUAGCAGCUGCCUAGUAUGGGUUUUCCCCCCAGUAGUUGUAUUGUCCUCUCUGUUUAAAGACCAAUCCAUUUGAGCAUUGCUGCCCUACUUAAGACUUAAAGGUAAUAUUCUGUUGAUCAGUAUUUAUAGCAGUAACAGCUGUGUUGUUUUGUAAAUGUGCCACAUUGGCAUAUGUAAAAGUGAUACCUCAGAUAUCAACAUUUGUAUUCUGGGGAAGAUGGAACUUUCAUCAGGGUUGAUUUUUUAAAAAUCAAAUGGAGUAUCAAAAUUUUAUGAAGCUUGUUUCUAUUAGAGUAGUACAGGAAUUUUUAUAAAUUUGAAAUUAUAUACUGCAUUUUGUCAAAUAAUUUUUAAAUGCUUUUGAAACAUGACAUCUUAUGCUUUCAUAAGUGGCCAGUUGGGGUGGGAGAAGGGAUUUGAUUUUUGCUUUGUCCAUAACCUUUAGCACAUACAUAAAACUGUUUUAAUUAAGUUGUUGAUGAAGAAAGACUGAAGAUCUUUACCCUGCCUGCCAUCUGUUUGGAAAAUGAAGAGCAACAGAAUGUUAGAAAUAAUUUGUCCUCAUUGAAUAGAACCUUACUUUUUUCAAAUAUAAAUUAUAUAUUUGAGCAUUUUCAACCAUAAACUAACAGUCUUAGAUAACCUAAACCUAGAUUAUUUUUUUAAAAUAAUGGCCAACAUUCUUUGUGGUAAUGAUCAAUAAAGAUUUAUCAUAUUGUGUCAGCAUUUGAAAUGCCACCUUAUUAACCUUUUACCAGCUAGUCUUAUAUCCUAAACAUACAACCAAUGGUUUCUGGAGCUGUGUCAGUUGAGAGUUCUGACUUCCGUUAGGUUCAUUCAACCAUACUAGAGAUGAAGGGAUCUGUGUUGGAGAGGGUACCUGAUUGUGCCCUUUUCAUUCACAUUGCCUGAAGUGGAAGUGAUUUUUAACCUUUCUUAACCUUCCUUUUAUAUUUAAGGAUAUUUUUAUCUUAUAUCCGUGUCCUGAAUUUCCAUGAUACCACACCCUUAUAUGUGUUUCUUCCAGUUUGGUGGCCAUGGAGACUUAAGCACCUUCAGCCUUUCUUAGAUUACCCUGACAAUGACAAUGCAGCAGUUGUCAAUCCAAGUCAGUUUGUUGUUCAAUCUUCGUUCCUAUGUCAUCCUAAGUCAUUCCCAGCUCUACUCAGAAAGAUUCCGUUUUUAAAAUAGUUUAGACAGUCUCUGAAAAAGACUAACCAAAAUGGCAAAAUAAAUUGGAAGCAUUACAAUGCAAUUUUCCUCCACAAAGACCUAAAAAAUACAAACUUAAGCCUGAUUGGGAAAUACAAGGAAGCAACAUAGUAAGGCAUUUUUUCUAGUCCAGGUUCAUGUUGCGGGACAGAGGACUAUGGCCUUGGGAUAGGAUCUAGCAGGGAAAGCCCUGAACUGAGGAGUGUGGGGGAAUUAAAUGGGACUUAGGACUAUUCACAGGGGCAAGAAGAGGUCCUGGAUCCAGCUGUGCAAGGAGCAGGAAGAGAUGCUAAUUGGUAGAUCUGGGUAGAUUCUAAUACUGAGUCACAGAUCCAGUGCAAUCUAAAAAGAACUACACCUAGGGAUAGCUAACCAAGGCAAAGAGCAGUCAGUCCUAGGUAUGAAACUGUGUUCUGGGCAUGGUGUGGUAACAUAAAUGAGUAGCAGUCAUGGGGCUCUGACCCUGGGAAUGGAGCAAGAUCUCAGAUCCAGUUCCCACCCCAGGCUAUAGGGUAUGGCAGGAAAACCAGUGUCAGGUGCUCAGAUCAAGGGGGCACCUGUGGUUUUGUUACUCUGAAUUUAGUGUCUUUCAGCUAGCUGAUGGUAAUUGUGUUUUGUAGCAGUCUGCUGGAGCUCCAACUAAGAACAAGCCCACCCUUGUGUUACUCAGACCCAAACCUGGGUCAGGCCAUUAUAAAGCUGAGUCAGGAGGGCAGCUGUCAAGUCUCACUCUCAUUUUGGAAACACUUAAAACUGGCAGGUUCCGAGCCUGAGCUUCCUAUGGGGCUCUUAAAGAAUUCAUUGCCUGGUGAAAGCAACAAGACCCAAGAGAAUACAAAACAACCAAGCAAGUCCCAGAUGUUCCCUCCAAAAGGAUACAGUGCCUGACCCUAAUGCUAAUGUAAAGUCUGUUUGGGGAAAUAAGACGGGAACAAUGAUUUAAAAAAAAAUUUUUUUAAAUCCUACCAUUAAAAGCUAUUAGAGUGGGGGCAGCUGGGUGGCUCAGUGGACAGAGCACUGGCCCUGGAGUCAGGAGUGCCUGAGUUCAAAUCCGGCCUCAGACACUUAACACUUACUAGCUGUGUGACCCUGGGCAAGUCACUUAACCCCAAUUGCCUCACUAAAAAAAAAAAAAAAAAAAAAAAGCUAUUAAAGUGACCAGAAUGCCCAAGACAAGAGUGACUCCAAAACAAGUACAAGCAAAGCCUCAAAGAAAAAGAGUUUGUGCACAAGGACAAUUAGAAUUCUCAAAAGAAAUAUUGGAGGGGGCAGCUAGAUGGUGCAGUGGUUAAGCACCGGCCCUGGAUUCAGGAGUACCUGAGUUCAAAUCCGGCCUCAGACACUUGACACUUACUAGCUGUGUGACCGUGGG